AUGGCCACAGGUGGCUUCUUCAAGGGGGACACCCACAUGGAAGUUGUUACGAUUAUCGCAAACUCCGGGCAUGAUGUCGAUGCCGUCCGAGAGGCAGUGACAAUGUACAUUGUGGCCAAAAAGAAAAAGGGUUGUUCUGAACAACGUAUACACGAGAAAUUAGGAAAAUUGGAGAUCAAGUUCAAGAACAUAGAGGCGUUACAUCCCGCCUGGAGAGACGCUCGAGCCUUAUUCCAGCUUUGCAAAUCUGAUCACAUCCCCAUCCCCAUGUCCAUUGUUCACGAGCGAGAAAAUGCUCAGCGUCGCCAAUUGGAGUGGGAGUCGUCCUCGAUGGCACCGUUGAGCCCGGCUGCUUCUUCCGCAUCACCUUGCUCGUCGUCUUCCGCAUCAAAUCGCCUUUCAUCUGUGGCGUCUCUUUCAUCAGGGCCGUCGCUUUCAACAUCAGUACCAUCGACUUCCAACUCACCAUUACGUCUUAGCUGGGAUAGCCCAAGAAAAGAAGAUUUAUCACGAGACGAGGAAGAUCCAACCAUAGGCCAUCACGUCCCAUCUCGUGUCCAUCCAUCCCGCCACGAUACAGCAUUGACCUUGCUCUCCGAGUAUAGUGAUGAGUCGGAGCCCGACGAACAAGUGCUCACUCCGUCGUCAGGCAAUCCGCACAAAUAA